AUGCCGGACCCUGUGAGCAACUGUACGUACAACCUAUUGUACCAAGAUCUGAAGAGGUUUUACAAAAAUGGGGAGCAUUUCUGCAAGGAGCUCAUGACAGUAUUUCAGCAAAGGGCUGAGCUGGAAAUCAGUUAUGCCAAGGGACUGCAGAAGUUUGCUGGGAAACUCCUCAAGGCAUCCAAGGUGAUGAAUGACAAUUCCACCUACCGAGCAUGGUGCCAUGUAUCUGAUGAAAUGUACUCAACAGCAGACACACACAGAGCGCUAGGAAGUGCUUUUCAGGAAGAAGCCAUUUUAGAAAUUCGACAAGUCAUAGAGGUGCACAACAAGAGGAAGAGACCUCUUGAUAAUGUUGUUGAGAAAACCGGAAAACUUGUUGUGACUAACUGGAGUGAACAAAUCAAGAUUAAGAAGAAAUUGGUUGGAAUGACAAAAGACCACGAGGCCCUGUUCAACUUUGUUGAAAAGAAUACACUCAUUUGCACAGAGAAAAAACUAACAGAAGGUACUAUGAUGAACCGACUGACAAAGUCUGCUGAGGCCCAGACGAGAGCAGAUGAGAAGUACUUCAACAUCAACAUGGAUGGCCAUCAAAUCAGACUAAAGUGGGAAAACACGCUGAAAAACUGCUACCAGAUAAUCCAGGAGCUUGAGAAACAGCGGAUAGAAGUUCUGUGCAACAUACUGAAUGAAUAUAACCUCCACAUGGCAAGCUUCGGACAGACCUUCGUACAUAGCCAGAAACAAAGAGAGCAAGCCAUCCAGAGAGUUGAUUUGGAGAAGGAUAUCCAACGUCUGGUGGAGGAAACCAGUGUAACAGCAGAGGACAACAAGGCUGAGUUUCUGAUGGCUGAUAAUUUUGAGGAGGACAGUAAGUCAUUGAUGGAAAUAGACAGAAGAAGAGAUGCCAUCAAAUCCAGACUCCAGCGGCUGGAGGACAGUAUCACGAAAACAAAGACUAAGACUGUGAUGGAUUGUGAGCACAGUAUUAUUCAAUUGGCCCAUCCAGUCAAAAUCAGAAAGACAACAUUCAGAUCGCGUUUGAGGAGCUCCAUCAUUUACAAAGGACCCUCUCAGAGUGUGACAUCAGCAGAGGCCCCAGUGAAAGCAAACCAUGUCUUGACUGCUGUCAUUCAAGAUAGAGCCACACUCUCCUGGAGCUGCAGUGUUGAUGGAGCCAUGGCCAAGACUGAUGACGAGGAAGGUGACACCGAUACACAUGUGCAGAAUUGGGAAAUGCAAAGCACUUUUCGAUUUCACAGACAGAGAAGAUGAGUUGAUUAUGAAAGAAGGAGACCUUGACAUCUAUCAAAAGGAAGACAGUGGUUGGUGGUAUGGGAUUUUGAAUGGACCGAUAGGGUAUUUUUCAUCAACCUACGUGGAGGAGCUGCCCAUGUUAAGUGUUGUAGGAACCUCAGAUGUAUGACAGUCUGUAUUGGAACAGAUGCACAUGGUAAAGCAUUUAGUCUUAAAAUGUCAAAGUGUAAACUAAAACUUCAA